AUGGGAACAGAGCACAAUUAUACCGGUUUCACCGUACAUCUGAUAAAAGACACAGAUGCAAGCGACAAACGCGAUAUUGAAGAAUUAUUGAAACCCGUUGACGCGCUAGAAUUGGAUUCUGAUAGUGAUUACAGUGUCAUAAGUGACAUAUUUGAGGAAUUUCACAAGGACAGCUUCCUGAGGCCUGGUGCAGACCCUUGCAAGAAACACCUGUCGAAAACUGAGGCUGACUGGAAAACCGUUGAAAGAUUUACCGACGAUUUUAAGAAGACUAUGGUUGAAGUAAGAAAAGAACAGCAGGUGGGUCGUCCCCUAUUCGAGGAAGAAGAAUCCAUUGAAAAAAUCCUCAACAAACCUAUUGAAGCGAAGAAAUCGAUCACACCACCAACCAGAGGCUCCCCAAUCAUCGUCGAACAAGAAAGAGACCAAAGAAGCGAAGCCAGUUCCGAAUCUCUGGUGUGGCAGAGACUUUUGAAUAACAGCGAAGGUCGUUUCAAGGUCAGUCCUCCAGUUUUUGAUGCCUUUAGACAGGAGGAGAAGCACUGGUUGGAACGGCCUCCGAUGUCAUGGAAACUGGUCGAUGACUGUCGAGUUAAGUGCGAUAGAUGGCUUGAUGACGUCAUGCAA